AGCCAUUCGGUUUUUUUGCGCCAUGAGCGGUCGAGUUGAUGCCUACCUCCCAUUCCGGGGAUUGUCAGCAUGGUUCUCAUCAAGUAUGAGUUUGGAGGAUGUUUCGCAGCUGAAGACAAAGCAGACUUCCUCUUCAGUGACAAUUCCUAUUCGGUUGACACAGUACGAAUCUAUGAGACUCAACCUGGUGUGACGGUUUUCCAAUCUGUGUGGCUGAGUGAGGUGGUGAAGAAGA